UAAAAACGCCCCUAAGAUGUUAGAUUGAAUUCUGUUUUUCCUGACAUAACCAACAUUAGCUAGCUAGCUAGUCGGAAAGCGCACCUAAACGAGUGACAAGCCGUUUUUACCAAAGUUAACGUGUUUAACUAGUUCACAAACUCAUCAAAGGGACGUUUACCGGACUAACUACGCAGCAGUGGAUGGCCUUCUCCGGACUUGUGCAAGAGGGACACCAAUCUGAACCCAUGAAUGAGUAAUGGACCUGAACCCCUUGUGGAGCAUGUCUGCAAACACAAGCCGAAAGAGACCUGAUGAGGAGCAGGGCGGGCACGCAGACCAGAAGACCAGCCCGGCCCGAACUUCUCACAAAAAGCACCUUCCUCCUAUUCCUAAGAAUGCUGUUCCCAUUACCAAACCAGCAUCGGUGGGGACUCCAUCCCACUUGGCCAACGGCACACACGCCUCCUAUGGCCCUUUUUACCUGGAGUACUCUUUGAUGGCUGAGUUCACACUAGUGAUCAAGCAGAAACUCCCUGGGAUUUACGUCCAGCCAUCCUACAAAUCAGCGCUGAUGUGGUUUGGAGUCAUAUUCAUCAGACAUGGUUUGUACCAAGAUGGCGUCUUCAAAUUCACUGUGUAUAUUCCAGAUAACUAUCCAGAUGGGGAGUGUCCUAAGUUGGUGUUUGACACCCCAGUCUUCCACCCGCUGGUCGAUCCCGUGUCUGGAGAGCUUGACGUCAAAAGAGCUUUCACCAAAUGGAGGCGGAACCACAACCACAUCUGGCAAGUUCUGAUGUACGCACGUACCGUCUUCUACAAGAUCAACACGGCGGAGCCGCUCAACCCAGAAGCUGCAGUGCUGUACGAAAAGGAUGGGCAGUUGUUCAAAAGCAAGGUGGUGGACGGCGUUAAACUAUGCAACAGUCAUCUUUUUGACCAGCCCAAAGUAGACGAUCCCUUCGCAAUAAGUUUUUCCCCGUGGAACCCCGCUGUGCACGACGAAGCAAAAGAGAGGAUGUUCACAUUCAAAAGACGCCCGGAGGAACACCACAAGGGAGCGCAGGUGUCGGGGUUGUCGUGGGUAAAGCCUGGAUCUACCCAGCCCUUCAGCAAGGUGGACAGUCCUCAGAGCUGAAGCUGCACUGUGGGGCGGUGACCACUAGAGGGAGACUCAAACGUUGGAUAAAACGCUGCUGGCUCCUCGGCCAUGAACGUGGAAACCGUUAGGAGUGUUCUUCUCUCCGGUUUAUUUCUCAGCUUUAAAAGCUACAUAGGCGUCACCUGACAAAGCUCUAAUAAAUAUUUCUAUUUUUACUGUCUAAUUUGACGACAAAUGGAUGUCUCAGCUUCAUCAUUUAGGCUGUGGUGCUCUCGGUGCAUUUUCAUUUUGGGCAGGCAGUAAGGCAGUCCCAGAAGCACGUGGGGCAAGAGAGCAAGGCACUUUUUCUACAUGUGGACUGCAUGAUGGAGACCACUCACAGAAACCAGCUUAGGACUGUUAAUCAAACUGGGAAUGUUGUCGGUUACGGCGCUCCCUAAACACUCCAGUAGGUUCCUUUAGUCCGUUAUAAUUUAGCGUCCUUGUCUUUAUUGUGUAAACAAUUUUAGCUUCUAAUAUAAUUCUAAAUGUUUGGAAUGGUUUUCAGUGAGGUGACGCAUAAGUAGGCUCACGCAUUGUUUUGUUGGAUUUUCGAUCAUAAUUAUGAAUUUUGUUUUUGCUUGUUGUGUUUUUAGGGUUUUGUGUAAAUAACGGUUGCUGUGCUAAAGCUGGCCGCCUUCCUUUCUCCUUAAUUUUAGUUUUUAGUGAUUGAAAUCCCAACUCAAGGAGGAGACUAAAAACUCAGUGAGAAAAUUCAUUUUUAUUUUUCUAAGUCUGUUAUUCAUGUGAGCAGCUCUAAACCUUAAUGUAGGGUCAUUUACUUCCAAUCUUAAAUAUCAGAUUUCCAUUCCAGGCUGUGAAACGUGUCCCGAAUGAGGUUUUCUGAUGAGAAAUUGGGAUUAAUGGUUAAACUGGUUCGUCUACUUCCUGAUGUUGGGCUGGAUGUUUAAAAUGAUGCAAAUCUCCCGAGGAGUGACCGGAUUAGAAAGCUGCUGAAAUCUUCACACCUCUUCUGAAGGUCGGGGGACUAAUUACGACUUUUCCACGCGGUAAUUCAGGCGGCUGUCGUCAAACAUGAAUGAUGUUUUGUAUGAAAUUUAUGUCUCUGCUGCGUAAAUGACGAGGAGAGAUGAAUCUUUACUCUGAAACCAAUAAAAUAUUUAAACUAG